CUUUGCUGUUACGUCGAUCAGGAGGUUGGCUGCUUAGUGUAAAUGCAUGUAUCCUAUCACAGCCGGAUGGGGCGGAACCUAUCUCUUGAUCAUCCGUGCCAGCUGAUUUCGCUAAUAUCCAAAGCGUGAUAUUGCCGCAUCAAACCCCUGCCAGGCGAAUUUACGCCUGUCACAGAACGACCAACAAUCCUCAGGGACACUCCACCACCACACACUCUCUCUAGCUCUCUUUCUCUUUCUCUUUCUUCCUUCCUUGCACAUCCUGACUUUGCCCAAGUAAACUUGUUCGUUUUCUCCCGCACCACAGUCGUGUAUACACACAUACACACACACACACACACACACACACACACAGAUACAUAGUCCACAUUCCCGCCUGGGACAGUGUGAUAGAUCUUGUUCUUGCCCCACCUGUGAUCUUCACCACUCUACCCUCCCCAGCUUCAUGCGUCGGAGCGCUCUUCAUCUGUCUGAGGCGAUGUAUUUGCCAUCCUGCACAAAGGCACGACUGCCAAUUCUGGCGCUGUUGGUUACUCAUGUCCUGUGUCAAAACUUUACCAUCUCGAAUGGCCAGAUCUUCACGCCCGGCUUUGCGGUUCUUGAUUCCCCCCAGCCAGGCACACCUAUGGGCGGUGACACGAUUGAGAUUGCUCUGGACGUCACAGCAAAUGGCAUCCUCCCGCUUGAUGUUGCUGCUGAUAGCCCAAGCCGCAUCAACAAUAUUACGAUUUUCUUAACUAGCCUGGCUUUGAAUAGGAAUUUCACCAUCUCUAACGGUACGGCAUCCUCCAACAACGCGAGCCUAGGGGAUAUCAUGUUGCAGGAACCUGGUAGCACCGUCAAACACGUCCGAUGGACCUGGCCCGCAUGUUUGGUCGGAGACGGCAAGCCGACGACAUCUGACAGCGACCGAGGCAACUAUAACAUCUCUAUCAGACAGAACUUCGUCAUGAACAACACCAACUUUUAUACUAUCUUCGACGUCCCAAUCGCCGUGACCAACAGCAUCCCAAGCUCCAUAAGCAGGGCACAGUGUGACACACUCGACAACCCGUUGCUGACGCCCGAGCAGAUCAACGCCUCGGCUGCCAAUGCUGUCGGUAUACUCUUCGCGCCCGGUGACUCACAAGUGGUGCAAGUGAAGCUGGAUAAAGCCGAGGGUGGCCAGGGUCUCGGAGGUGCUGGGAUGAUGAGCUGGCGGAGCGGUGCCGAGUGGCUCUGUCUGGUCAGCAUUGCCAUGGCCUUUGCACUUUAACGCCCAGGAAGGAGAGGCCGUGCUGGCAUGAUUAAAUUAAGGCACAAAAUGCCCUCUUUGCUUGAUCCCCUCUGUACGAGCUUCGCUUGGGUGUCCGUGACAUGCCUAUAGUAUCUUUCUGCCUUUACCUCCUAUGCAUCACAUGGGACAGCCUCCUAGGGAAUAGCUCAAGCUUCCCGAGAAAACCUGUAGAUGGAUAGUAAUAAUUAUAAUUAAGCUUACUUAGGAUUUAUAUAAGAUUGAAAAUAUUUU